AUGUUGUUUCGCAUUAAGCAUUUGGUGUACCUCGCUUCGCUUAUUGCGUGCUUCGGUUGGUCCUCGGCACAAAUAUCAAAUUUCCAAUGUCGCCAAACGACACGUCUUAAGCGGAUUGUUAUACACAGCCCUACACAACCAUUUUCCUCAUCCACAUGCCAAUACACGAUCCGACGUCAGAGCACUCAUGUUUGCCAAUUACUCGUACGUUUUCAGCAAUUCGAGUUGCAACAGCCGACCACCAACUCCGUUACGAAUACUUUAACUUGCAUCGACUCCUUCACAGCCGGACGGUUUACACUGUGUGGUGAUAAUAGCGGACAACACAUUUAUAUACCAUUUGAGGGAGACUCGGCGGUUCUAAACUUCAAUUUACCCUCGCGUUCGGCGCAAGCGAAUUGGCAUUUGAUUGUCGAACAACUCGAGUGUCCACCGGCACCGAGUUAUGUAGCUGACGGCUUACCACCGCUCAUUGGUGGCAUGAUCAAAGAUCUACUAGACUUGCGUAAUGUUUUCUCGAGGUUCAUCAGUGAUAUGGAUUUACUGGCGCCAGCUGGUUGUGAUCAAUAUUAUACUGAACCAUCGGGCAUAAUAAAAAGUUUCAAUUAUCGUGAUGGCAUCAAUACAUACUAUAUGACUAAUAUGAAGUAUACGAUUUGUAUUAAACAAACGAUGACGGCAAAUGCGAUCGAAUACACCGUCAACAAGUUUUCAUUGUCUUCCGAGUUGCCGUCCGAAUUUUACAACGAGGCUUGCCAUCCUUUCAUAUUCACCGAGGGGCGCCAGAGCGAUUAUCUUAUGAUACCCAAUUCGCACUUCGCCGACAAUGCUGCUGUUCAGCCGACGUACUUUUGUGGUCAAGGCCUUACAGCGGGUCAAGUUGUCAUCGGUUCCAGACCAUUUAUAAUGCAUUUCUCCAGCGAUGAGCAAUGGCAUUCGGAGGAAACAGGCUUCAGCAUUGAAUACCGCACUAAGGCGGCCGCUUAA